GAGCUGGUUCGUGAAGUCACCACAAGGAAGUGCAGUAUAAAUUUUGUCAAGCAACUUCCUCCUUACAGAAAUAGAGAAAUGAGGGCUGUUUUUUUUUUUUAAGUAGUUGCUACACUUAGCAUAACUAUUGAAUUUCUCCAAUACUCAAGUUUAAUUUCCCUUUCUUCCCACUGUAGUGGGUGUCAUGAAGGAGACUGGGAGAGUGACGAUCAGAAAAUUUUCAGUCUGAAAAUUUCACCUCUCUGCCCUUGAACAAAUUUUGUUAAACAGUGCCCUGUUUAACAAAAUCUACAUUUACAGCUCCUGUGACAAAACUCAAGGAAAUCUGGUAUAAAUGAGUAACAGCUCAAUAUGUAUUCGACCAAGCAAGAUCUCUUCUGUGGCUUUACCACUCACUUAUACCUUCCUUUGUAUCAUUGGUGUCUUUGGAAAUUCUCUCUCUCAAUGGGUAUUUUUAACAAAAAUAGGUAAGAGAACGUCAACGCAUAUCUACCUUGCACAUCUUGUGACUGCAAACUUACUCGUGUGCAGUGCGAUGCCUUUCAUAAGCAUCUAUUUCUGGAAAGGCGACGAAUGGGAAUAUCAAUCUGCACAGUGCAGGGCAGUGAAUUUUCUGGGAACUGUUUCCAUGCAUGUAAGCAUGUUUGUCAGCCUCUUGAUUUUGUGUUGGAUUGCCGUAAGCCGCUAUGCUACCUUAAUGAAAAAGGAUUCCAUACAAGAGACCACUUCAUGCUAUGAUAGAGUCUUCUACGGCCAUUUACUGAAAAAAUUUCGCCAGCCCAACUUUGCUAAAAAACUCUGUGUUUACAUCUGGGUAAUUGUAGGAGGUAUAAUAGUUCCAGUUAUCGUAUACUACUCAGUGGUAGAGACUACAGAGGAAGGAGAAAACUUGUGCUAUAAUUGGAAGACAGAAUCCGGGGCUAUGCUCUCUCAGAUUGCAGGCCUCAUUGGAACUACAUUCAUUGGAUUCUCAUUUUUAGUUGUGCUAACCUCAUACUACUCUUUUGUCAGUCAUCUAAGAAAAAUAAGAACCUGUACAUCCAUUAUGGAGAAAGAUAUGACUUACCAUUCUGUGAGAAAGCAUCUGUUGGUCAUUCAGAUUCUGCUAAUAGUUUGUUUUCUUCCAUACAGCAUUUUUAAACCCAUUUUUUAUGCUCUACUAAAUGCUGACUGUGAGCAACGGAAUUUUUUAAUAGAAAUAAAAAACAUCCUUACCUGUCUUGCAUCAGCCAGAAGUAGUACAGACCCCAUUAUAUUUCUUUUUUUAGACAAAAAGUUCAAGAAGACAUUAUAUUCUCUUUGUACAAAAUCUGAUUCACAUAUACAAGAGCCCUGUGAUUAACUUCUGAAUGGAAAACACCGUCAAUAGAAAAAGAGUUCAUAUGACUAUUCGAGAUGUUAAACAGAGUGAUUAACAUGUCAUAGUUUGGUUGACAACAGAUAUCAAGAAGAUCUCUUUGAUUUAAACAUAUAGACAUAGUAUUUCAUGGCUGUGAACAAAGAAUGAAAUGAUUUCUGACCCCUGCUUCCUAGUAUUUAUAAUACAGUGGUCUACUGUGGCUAAUAUUUUGUUGGUAACUUUAAGAAUGAGUAAAGGAAAAAAUGAGUAAGAAGUGUCUUAAUUUAGUCCUAUCUAGAUGUAUAAAUAAGUGUCAAAGUCUAAGGUCUUAUAAAGACACUUCAUAUUAUCUGGCACAUGUUACUGGGAGAGGUAAUAAUCACUGAGUCUAUAUUUAUUAAGUAGAUAAUAUUUAUAAGUAUACUUAAAUACUUUGACUAAGAUUUAUCAAAAAGAUAAUACAAUGCUACUGUAUGCUGAUCAUAUUUUGUGUAUUUCUUCUACAUUCAAUAUAAAUAAUGUUGUUACAAAUAGUACCCGGUCUGUAGACAUGUUCAACUAAAUUUUUGUGUGUGUGAAAUAAAUGAAUAAAAGGUCAGAUAAUGUAAUAUCAUAUUCUAGACAUUGGUUUCUGGAGUUAGAUUCCCUAGGUUCAACCUUUGGUCUACCUCUUGAUUAGCUGGAUAAUCUUAAGUAAAUUAUUUUUUCUUCUUAAGUGUUCACUUCUUCAUUUGUAGGAUGAAAAAAAAAUAGCACGGACUUCAGUUACCAUUAUCGUUACUGCGAGUAGCUAGCUACCAUUUUUGUGCCAGGCACUUUGCUUAUAUAAUGAAUUAUUUUAAUCAUCACAAUUUACAGAUGACAAACCUGAAGUGUAUAGUUAAGUCAUUCACAUUUUCUUCAAUAUAUAAGUAGACAUUUAAAGAGGAAAUAUGCCUUAAAGGUUGCUCCUGCCAUGAAUCUUAUUAGUAAGGCAAAUGCUUGUGACUGUAUACUGUAUUCUAUACAUUAUAAUCUAAAGUAUUUCAAUGUGUAUUUUAUCUUCCAAAAGAGAUCAUAAGAACCUUCAGAGCUCUAGUCCUUUCUCUUCUUUUACCUCCUUCCCUUUCCUUC